AUGCCGUACUCGAGAUACUUUCUCCCUGCUCUCAAGCCCAUCUACUCUGCCGUCGCUUCCAAGGCCGCCUCUCUCAUGCAGGAUACGGAGUUACCUAAGAUCUUAGACAUCGGAUCGAGUGUAGGAGAACCUUCUCUGUCCAUCGCAAAGAUGCUGCAAGACAGCACCGUCCUGUCGACAGAUAUCUCAGCGAGAAGCGUCGUCAUGGGAAGAGCACGAGCAGAGCAGAAUAACGUAAAGAAUAUAGAAUUCUUCGGCUGCAAUGCUGACAACCUCAUGUUCGAUGCCGAAAGUUUCGACCUGGUUUCUUCUUCCUUCCUCCUCCCUUACGUCGACGUCUCUAAAGUAGCGGAUGAAACCUUUCGUGUGCUCAAGUUGGGCGGCAAGCUCCUCCUGGUUGACUUUGCCAGCGAGGUUCUCCUCUUCCUCCUUUCGCUCAAGUCUGAGGUGGAGCAGCUGAAAGCGGAGCUGGAGAGGGCGGGGUUCCAGGACAUCACCUACGAGAAGGUCGACAUUGAGUUGGACAUCGUUGUGAGCGUCGAGGAAGCGUGGGAGAUGUACAGGGAGUACAUCGAACAACUAUUAGAACAUCAGAAAGCAGAUGUCUCCACUGCCGCCAGAGAAGUCUUCAUUAAGCACCUCGAAGAUCGCAAACUCAUCAGGGAUGGUCAGGUUUACCUAUGGCAGGAGAGCAGAAUCUUGCUGAUCGAGGCGAGCAAGCCGAUGAAAUCAUGGUUUCAACAGCUGUUUGAGUGA